CUCUCUCCCUCUCUGUUUUCACUUUGUUUGUGGAGGAUUUUAAUCAUGUGGAAGACAGCUGAGCGGCUCUUCUGGAUUUCGCUGACGCUGCGCCUGGUCCCGCCUGGCCUCCUCUGAGCAGGAUGGACACACUGGAGUCAGAGCUGACUUGCCCAAUCUGCCUGGAGCUCUUUGAAGACCCACUGCUGCUGCCCUGCGCUCACAGCCUGUGUUUCGGCUGCGCCCAUCGCAUCCUCAUCUCUCACUGUACCACCAACGAAUCAGUUCUGAGCAUCGGCGCCUUCCAGUGCCCCACCUGUAGAUAUGUCAUCUCCUUGAGUCCUGAACGUGGACUAGAAGGACUAAAGAGAAACGUGACCUUGCAGAACAUUAUUGAUAGAGUACAGAGGGCCUCAUCCUCGGCUGGGAUCCCUCUUCCGCUGGCGUUGCCUGCGCCCCACAGCGGGCCCAACUCUCCCGGAGAGGAAGGGAGAGACCGGUUGGCGUUGGUCCCGUUCAGUGCCGCCAUGUCCAGCCCGGGCACGCCUCCUGAGCCCAUCCAGUGCCAGUUCUGUGAGCAGGACCCGCCACAAGAUGCCGUGAAAACGUGUGUGACGUGCGAGGUGUCGUACUGCGAGGAGUGCCUCCGAGCAACGCACCCGAACAAGAAGCCGUUCACCGCCCACCGGCUCAUCGAGCCCAUGCCAGACUCCCACCUCAGGGGGCUGCAGUGCCUGGAGCACGAGGAGGAGAAGGUGAACAUGUACUGUGUCACGGACGAUCAGCUGAUCUGCUCGCUGUGCAAACUGGUGGGAAGGCACCGAGACCACCAGGUGGCAGCGCUGAGCGACCGCUAUGAAAAACUCAAGCAAGCCCUGGACUCCAACCUGAGCAAUUUGAUCAAGAGGAACAAUGAGCUGGAGUCUAUCAUGGGGAAACUGAUCCAGACUUGUCAACAUGUAGAGGUGAACGCGUCCCGUCAGGAGGGCAAGCUCCUGGAGGAGUGUGAUGUCCUGAUCGAAAUUAUCCAGCAGAGGAGGCAGAUCAUCGGGAGCAAGAUCAAGGAGGGGAAGACACAAAGGAUUCGGAAGCUCGCCCAACAGAUCUCCAACUGCAAGCAGUGCAUCGAGAGGUCCUCGGCCCUCAUCACGCAGGCCGAUCAGACGCUGAAAGAAACGGAUCACGCUCGCUUCCUGCAGACCGCCAAGUGCAUCAACGAGAGGGUUUCCAUGGCAUCAGCAUCAACUCAAGUGCUGAUCCCAGAGAUAAACCUAACGGACACCUUCGACACGGUCGCCCUGGACUUCACCAGAGAGAAGAAGCUGCUGGAAAAUCUGGAUUACCUUACUGCUCCGAAUGCUCCGUGCAUACGGGAAGAGUUGUGCACGGCGUCCUACGACACCAUCUCUGUCCACUGGACGUCUGAUGAUGAGUUCACGGUGGUAUCUUAUGAGCUGCAGUAUGCUAUCUUUACUGGACAGUCUAACAUUGCCAGUCUGUGUAACUCUUUGGAGAGCUGGAUGAUUGUUCCCAACAUCAAGCAGAACCACUACACGGUGCACGGUCUGCAGAGCGGCACCAAGUAUAUCUUCGUUGUCAAGGCCAUUAACCAAGCAGGAAGCAGGAGCAGCGAGCCAGGGACUCUGAAGACCAACAGCCAGCCCUUCAAGCUGGACCCCAAAUCGGCCCACAAGAAGCUGAAGGUGUCCCACGACAACCUGACGGUGGAGCGCGACGAAACCACGUCCAAGAAGGGCCACAGUCAGGAGCGCUUCACCAGCCAGAACAGCUACGGCGUGGUGGGGAACGUCUACAUCGACAGCGGCCGCCACUACUGGGAGGCUUUGAUCGGAGGGAGCACAUGGUACGCUGUGGGUAUUGCCUACAAAUCAGCUCCAAAGCACGAGUGGAUUGGCAAGAACUCGGCCUCCUGGGUGCUCUGCCGCUGCAACAACUCCUGGGUGGUUCGCCACAACAGCAAGGAGCUGGCCAUCGAGCCCUCGCCCCACCUGCGGCGCGUCGGGAUCCUGUUGGACUACGACGUCGGCUCCGUGAGCUUCUACGACGCCGUGGGCUCCCAGCACCUGCACACAUUCCACGUGUCCUUCGUGCAGCCCGUGUGCCCCGUGUUCAACGUGUGGAAUAAGUGUCUGACGAUUCUGUCUGGCCUACCCAUCCCGGACCACCUCGAGGGGCUGGAGCUCGACAACUGAAAUCUACGGACUGGCGAGAAUAUACGAAUGAACUGGACGUUAUUUUGUUAAAGCUGCAUUGGGUAGGACUUGUGGAGAUGAUCAUCUUUGGAUAGAGAACAGAAGAGUAUCCCAUGUUUUCAAAUCAGAUUUGCUCUAGUUAUAUUACAUGUUUGCACCUAGAGGUAAUAAAAAAAACAUUUAAAAUCACAAGACCAGUUGUGCAAAAUGACCUAGUGCAGCUUUAGUAUGUGAGGAAGAGAUGUCUGGAGUGAUGUCUUAUCAAGCUUCUCAUGUGAUUUUCAGUUGAUUUCUUAUAGCAAAUAUAGCUCUAGUUCAUGUAUUGUUUGACUCAAGACGGAUUAUAGGGAGCAGCAGUCGAUCCAGGAGGACCAGGAAAAAGACGGAGCUGAGCCAGAAAUUCUUACUCUCAGGCACUUUGGGCCACGAUGGGUGCAUUUGUACCAUGGCAACUAGGAUACAAGCCACAAAUCAAUUCCUCAUUUCCUUUUUAACAUCACCUUAUCAGAUAUAGCACUUUGAAAACUCCAGAAAGAACACACACACACACACACACACACACACACACACACACACACACACACACACACACACACACACACACACACACACACACACACACACACACACACACACACACACACACACACACACACACACACACACACACACACACACACACACACACCACACACACACACACACACACACACACACACACACACACACACACACACACACACACACACCCCUAACUUUAAUCAAUCAUGGCGGCAGAAAGAGCAAAGGGACAGAUGUAUAUUUUUGUAAAUGUGUCGCAAAUCUCCCCUUAUCUUCUCCUUGUUUAUUAUAAAGGAACCAAAGUAGCCAUUACUGUAAGAUGUCUUUACAUAAGUUUUACAUAAGUUAAAAACAUAUUUUUUAAAAUGACAGAAGACGAAAUAGAAGUAUGCUAAUAUUAAAUGGACGAUUCCCUUACUGUACACGUAGACCUUGUUUUUGCACAUUGUUCCUACUUUAUUCAUUUUGGUGCAAUUAACAUGCAUUACAUUUGGACAGUGUUGUGUUCUGUUUGAUUAAUUGUGUUCAUUUUCUUUUUUUGGCAGCCAGACAAUUCCAGUCAUUAGGCUCUGCAAGUUGAGCUGAGGGGUAAAAUGCACAUUGGGUCUUUCUCACUUUUCUAUCAAACAAGCAUAUUCCCGUUUAAUAGGACAUGAGUGUGCCAGCGUCAUUCAUUUUUUAGUUUUUUUAAUAGUGUCUUCCCAUUAUCUAAAUACUACAUUUUACAUGUCAUGUUUACACUGAGGUUUUACGAUUAAAUCUACAUGCAGAUUAUUCUUUAAAAAGGUUGAAUUAUACCUCACUUUGUUGACAGAGCCACAGGCGGCUGUUCUCAGACCUGUCGCACAUCAAUGAUGUCAGUAGGGUCACUCAUUGGCUGGCUACUUCAAAAAGGGACAUACAUGAUAUAGCUACAUUGUUAGACCCCUAUAACAAAAGGGGAUAUUGUUAAUACGACGUGCUAUGAUUCAAAAGUGUUAUAUAUAUAAUUAUGUUGAACUGUGGCAACAAAAGGCACUCCUCAGUGUUAAUACAAAGCUUUGGUUGUAUUUCUAAAUGUUGCUUUGUUUCAAUACCUGGUACACAUAAAAAGUAAGAAGAGUAUUCUUUAAAUCUGUGUUUCCUCGGGAAAUUAAUUGAAUUGUAUGAUUUUAUUGUAUCCGAUACGAAUAUGUAGUGCUUAAUUUAACGUUUCAAUUUUUAACUGUAUGACCACGGUGUUGUAUUGUUCCGUCUCUGUGGACAUCUUGAUAGAAAUCAGGAUAUGAGAGCUUGCAUCACUGUCGUCUGAGAUAAGUCUAUGAGAAGGUCAAAAGUAAACGUUGUUCCUUUUCACAUUAAAGUGUGCAAUUGUUUACGGUG